CAAAGAAACGGCUCCAAAAGUAAUUAUAAGAUUAUAUUAUUUCAUUUAAAAAGACGUAGAGGAGAUGAAUAUCGUUUUAAAUAAUUUGUAGAAAACUAGUUAACCGGAAGUGAACUUUAUUUUGACUCAUUCACAAACUCUACAUCAGUUUCGUAUGCUAUUUCCGAUCUUUCCUCCUGUGACUGUCGAAGCAAAAUGGUUAGUUGUUUUAUUUAUCAUAUAAAAUUUUACAGAAUUGUUGUCCUUUUAAGAAAUUUUUAAAGAUUAAAGUUUUUUAAACAUUCGUCAAUGACUUGCAAACGCAGAAACGGUGGACGUGCUAAGCAUGGCCGUGGCCAUGUAAAUCCUGUACGCUGUACUAAUUGUGCAAGAUGCGUGCCAAAAGAUAAGGCAAUCAAAAAAUUUGUCAUUCGCAAUAUUGUAGAAGCAGCUGCUGUAAGGGAUAUAACAGAAGCCAGUCAAUAUCCAUCUUAUCAACUUCCCAAACUUUAUGCUAAGUUACACUAUUGUGUCUCCUGUGCUAUUCACUCUAAAGUGGUCCGUAAUAGAUCUAAGGAAGCUAGACGUAUUAGGACACCACCUGUGCGGAAUUUCCCAAGGGAUUUACGCCAAGGACAGCAAAACAGAAAAUAAUUUUUCUAUGUAAGAAUUUAAAAUAAAAAUAAAUGUAACAAAAUCAAUCAAA